AUGGCGUCGAAGAGAGCGACGGGAGGGAAGUACGAGUACCUCUCCCUGGCGGAGUUGUAUCAAAUCGAGGAGAAAACGAACGUGAAAACGCAACGCGCGCACGUAUACGGCAUCGUCGCGGAGAAAUAUCAACCUCAAAUCACGAGAAGUGGUGAUACGUAUUUAAAACUCAAACUGUUCGACGAAUCGUUAAACUCGGAUUAUAACGGGGACGAGAUGAAGCCGAGGAAAGGGAUGAAACGAGUGAAUCCACCGUUUAUUGAAAUCGCGUGCUUCGCGAAUAAGAAGGAAGAUUUACCGAUAUUAGCGCAGGUUGGAGAUGUGAUUCGAUUUCAUCGGUUGGAGGUGUCGUUUUACCGACCGAAUAGUAGAAAUAACCAACACUACGGAGGAGGAAGAGAGGAAGGGACGAUACAGUUCGUCGCGAAAAUAGGCCAGUUUACGAACGGGAACGCGUAUUCGAAAACGCACUUCGUUCUGUUUAGCGGCGAACCGGCGCAGAUUGUGGAUGCAGAUAGUGCGAAGCAGAGAUCGUCCAAUGAUAUAACGUUUACGGACGAGGAUCAACAAAGGAUUGAAAAUUUAAUCGCGUGGAAGAACACGCCGGAAUGUUUGGGAAUGCCAAAGAUUGCGUAUUUAGGGAAGUACGACAGAAGGAUUCAAGAUAUUCAGCGAGAAAGAAAUUACGAUUUGCACGUGAAGAUAUUAGACGUUGGGUACAGAGACGGGUAUCCGGAAGUGAUUUUCGUUUGGGACGGUUCUGAUGCGGUGCCGAUGAGUUUAUCGACGCCGGAUUUUCCGCAGCUCGUGGACGAUACGAACCAAGCGGAGGCGCUCGGGCCCAUGUAUUGGCUUCCAAUAGAUCAAGACAUCAAUCCAACGCAAGAUGUCAUCGAACGAGGCCAGGAUUUCCCGCCGUCGACGAGACGAAUGCUCGAAGAAAUGGGAGACGCCGUAUCCUACGGCUCGGCGUUUCCGGUGUACAUUCGAGGCUUUGAUUUUAGCGACGAGAUGCCAAAGAAAGGGCAGUGGGUGAAAUUAAGAAAUCUUACCGCGGGUGUUCACGGAGCGCAGUUAAACGGCGCUUUCUUCGCAAAUUCAAAAUGGAUGGUUGAAGCGAAAGGCCAUCCGACGUGGUUGGACCAAGUUCAGUUUCGUCAAAAGGCUAAUAUCGUAGCGAAUUGGGCGCCAAACGUAGGCGUGGAUGCACCAAACGUUACCAUGAUUAUGCAUCCGCAAGUGAAAUGGGAUACGAUUCGAUCCGCGCUUUUAAAAGAGGCACCGAAUAGACACAGAUUAUACGUUCGAGCGCAAAAGUUCUGGCCGGAAGACGAGAAGGAGUGGUGCGUGAAAAAUCCAGUCACGAACGAAUGGGAGUACGUUUUCAAAAUAUUAGUCGAAGACGCGACGGGCGUUUUGCGCGUGACGGUAUCGCCAGAGGAAGGUAAGUACUUCUUGAGAGGGUUGCCCCCGUGCGAUUUGAGCGCGAAUAGGGCGACGUUGCACCAGCUGAGAACUAGAAAACAUACGCUCUUGAAUGGGAGCAACGGCACGGAUAACUGGAUCCAAAUAUGUGUUCGACAGUACUUACCGGCGCGCAAACGAACGCGAGGUAAUGAAAAGCGAACGUGGGAGUUAUUCGGUACCGCCAUGGUUCGCGAAAAAUUGUAA